AUUAAUAGACUAAUGGACAGAUAGGUGGUACUGUAGUCACUUGAGUAUUAUGUCAGGUCUAGGAAGGUGGGUAGUGAGUGUGUUGUGCAUUGGCUAUUCCAUUGCUGAUCUGAAUGGACCAAGAGCAGUAUCAUCACUGAAACUCGUUAUUGUGGUUGCCAAACAUGGAACAAAAGCCCCCAUGUACAGUUUUCCCAAUGAUCCAAAUCUGAGCAUGAAAAAUUGGCCUGAUGGAGCUGGCCAAGUUACAAAGGUUGGAAAGAUGCAGAUGUUCCGAUUAGGUCAAUUGCUUCGAAAACUGUACAAUGGGUUCCUGAGUGAGAUAUACUUGAAGGAGAAGUUCCAAAUAGAAGCAACCAUGGUGGAGCGAACCAUGUUGAGUGCUGCUACACUGGCUGCAGGCUUGUGGCCUCCCCGUCGGCACCAGAUGUGGCACGACACAAUCUACUGGCAACCUGUACCAGUUUAUCCAAAUUUUCUUGAUAAAAGUUUGCUAGCUCUAAACCCAUCUAUGUGUCCUCGUUACUACAAAGAGCAGAACGAGACUGUUAAAUUGUUCAAUGAAAGAGAUCCGGAGUAUAAAGAUAUAUUUGAUUUAAUGACACUCAAUACUGGAGCAAAUGUGACAACAUGUUCUCAAAUGUACAUGGUGUGGGAAGUUCUCAGCUCUCAACUUGAAAAUGAUUUGCCACUUCCUCAUUGGACCAAGGAAAUUUUCCCUGAAAAACUGUUGCCAAUUAUUAGCAGAAUUUACCGUAUUGCUACAAUCCGGAAUUUGAAAAUGGUCAGACUUGUUAAUGGACUUUUCAUUGAAUACAUAAUGACAAUGAUGAACAUGAAGAAGAACAACACGAGCCCAGACGUGACCAUGUAUGUGCAUGUGGGACACGACGUGACGUUACUGGCUCUACUCACCGCCCUUGGCUAUCAAGAGGCCCAAAUACUCAGCUCGGGUACAGCCCUCAUCUUUGAAUUGCAUCUCAACCCAGCAAUGUCUAGUGGCUGGGAAGUUAAGGUGCUGAAAGUGGUCAACAGCCACGAGGAACCGGCCCAGCCAGCUCUGAUGGACUUGCCGUCCUGCACUCACCCUUGUGACUUCAACGUGUUUUUGACAAAUACUGCCAAGUACAUACCGACUAACUGGGCCAGGGAAUGUGAAGAUCUGAACUCACCAAGCGAUAUACCGUUUGUGGUACAUCCAGUCAGACAAUAAUAACAUCACAUGCGAUUUUAAAAAGAUACAUUUAUAAAUUCACUAUGUAAUAUAGUUUAGUGCCUAGAAAUUUGUAAGGUUUUAUAUUAAAAAUGUUACAUAUUAUGUCCAAAAUAAAACGCAAUUAAAUGUA